AUGAUGGAACGAGGAUUGAUUCCACCAAAAGCAAAGAUCACUCUUCUGAAUCCACCCAUUGCACUCAAAGCAGCUCCUCUGCAUAGUUUUGAGGAAGCACAUAAGAUUCCAACUGCAGGCCCUUUCAGUACUAUCAAGAAACAGCUUUCAAUUCCAACGGAAGUGCAGAUAUACUCUCCCAAGAAACAAAAACAAAAGGGGGAAGGCACAAGGUCAAGAGAGCAUCAUUUUAAGAAGACCCUGAAAAUUGUCUCACCUUCUAAAGCUACAAAAUCACCAAAGGGCUUUGACUUCUAUAUUUAUGAUGGCAGCAUAGAUAAGACAUCCUCAGACUUCAUAGCAUUCAAGAAGCAUUUUAACUUAUCUUGGGGAACUAUUUUUUCUCUCUUGGAACGUGUGGAGAAAUAUCUCAAGGACUAUGCAAUACCAGAAGUUAAAAUAAAAGGGGAAAAUUUGAGAGCUCUCCUCCCAGAAUUUGAACUGAAGAAUAAACUUACCAGAGAUGAUUUCCUCUCAAUUAUCGAAGACCCAGUUCACAUCCAAAUGAUGUUAGAUACCCCAGGUCAGCGGUACAAGGGCCAAGGCGGAAAGCUGGAAGCCAUCAUUAAGAUCCAGGCCACAUGGAGGUGCUACAAAGCAAGAAAAAACUUCUUCCUUUACCGUAAGAGGAAGUGGGCAUCAGGUGUGAUUGCCAUUGCUUGGCUUUUACGUUGCCACAAGACUCGACUGAGAAACAUCAUGAGAGAAUCCCAUCAAAGACACCUGGAGAAUUUCCACAUUCGAGCCAAGCAUCUGGCAGCCAACUGGAAUCGCAUCAGGACCUCCAGGAGGACUAUUAUCCAUAUCCCAUCAUUAGGUAUAACACUUUUGCCUGCAAAUCUAUCAGCAACCUCUAUUACCCACCACAUUAUGGCUCCUUGA